AUGAUUGCCCAAAUCUUUACCGUGAUUGCUGUUAUAGCAACAGUUAAAGCUGGUGCAAUUUCUGUUGUAUCUGGAGGCCUGGGCGUUGGAGGCUUAGGUUUAGGAGGAGGGUUGGCCCUAGGUGGAGGAUUAGGGGGACUAGGUCUGGGCCAUGGAGUUUCAAUUGCAGCAAGACCUGCUGUAGUGGACGUUCACACUCCAGCUCAUUAUGAGUUCAAAUAUGGAGUGGCGGACGGCCACACAGGUGACCAGAAGCAGCAAGCCGAAGUUCGUGUUGGUGACACUGUUAAGGGCGAAUACUCCCUUGCCGAACCCGACGGCACUAUUCGCGUCGUUAAAUACACGGCAGAUCCUCAUAAUGGCUUCAACGCUGUAGUAAGCCGGAUAGGACACGCUGCUCAUCCUCAAAUCGUCGCCAGUCAUGGAGUUGCUCUUGGAGGAAUCGGACUUGGAGGUCAUGGACUUGGUAGAAUAGGACUUGGAACGGGACUAGGUACAGGACUUGGACUAGGUCUUGGAGGAAUUGGGGGUAUUGGAGGUAUUGGAGGUAUUGGAGGUCUUGGACUUGGAGGAGGAAUUGCCAUUGGUACAAAAUCUGUAGAUUUAUAUGCUCCUCCAAAAUACGAGUACAAAUAUGCAGUUGAAGAUGCUCACACCGGCGACUUGAAGGAACAAAUAGAAUCAAGAAUCGGUGACAUAACCAAGAACGAAUAUGCUUUGGCUGAAAAGGAUAGGGCUACUCGAGUGUCAAGGAUUAUAGCUGGAGGCAAGGCCAUUGGUCUCGGAUUAUAG